AUGGUUUUUAACUGUAAUUUUGACUUGCCAAUGCUAAUUAAAAAUAAUGGAAACACUUUAGAUAUAACUCCAUAUAAGCGUGGACUCAAAGGACUAAAAAAAUCAACAGUUUCCAUGAUGAAACCACAUGAUAUAGAACCCAACAAAGUUUCUUGCCCAAAAGUAAUUAUCAAAUUUCCAGGAAAAAUAAAAAGACUAGUAAAUAAGCUAAAAGAGUUGCCUGAAAGCUGGCCUGAAACAAAUCAAGACGCAGUUAUCCAAAGAUUUAUCAGACCAAAAGGACUUCGAGCUACAAAAUACAGAGUCGUUUUAAAAGAAAAUUUUAACCCAAAAGUCUAUAUUUUUACUAAUAGAGACCGAUUUGACAGCCAAAACGACCCAAUUCCUCAUCAUAUAGCAGCCAAUUCUCAAUUUAAUGAUACAGAAAUCCUGCAUGAAAUUAAAAGAACUGUAAUAGACCACAAGCAAAUUUUAAAACUUUUGCAUUCAAGUGUGUAUAACCCCUAUCUAAGGUCUCAAUCAGCAGCUAAAUUUUUGGAUUUAAGCCAAGCUUCCCCUGAGAAAAUGAAGGUUUUUGAAUUAUUUAAUAAUGAUUAUGGAGCUGCCCAUAAGAAAAAAAUUCAAAAAUUCAAAAGCAUCACAAUGACUGCAAGAUACACAACAAAAACUGAGCAGAAUAAAUGCGAUAUUUAUGAAGGAAAAACCCAGAGUUAUGUGAAAAUCAUUGAAAUGGCGUUAUAUAUACAAGAUAAAAUUAAUAAAUUUGUCCUAAAAGACCGUGCUUUGUGUGAAUUUGUUUUGGAUUUUCUGCAGGAUUAUAAAGGAAAUUGAUAUUUUUUGAGGAUUGAGUAUGGGAAAACUAAAGAAAUAUCAAGGAUGAAAUUAAAGCCAAGAUUAGGGAGGAUUGAUUUUAAAAGGCAUAGUGAUGAUAAAGGCGAGAUAAAACAGGAAUUGUCAUAUAUUGACGAUAAAAGAUGAUUAUUUCCAAGGAAAAAAAGCCUAGGAGGAAAGCUGAAUUUAAGCCUGAUUAACUGAAAAUAA